AUGUCGAUUGCACUCAAGUUUGCGCGACUUACUCGGAGAAGGGUGCUUACGUGGACUCGCGGUUAUUUAAGCAACAAUGAUGUCGGUUAUACGAAUAAACCUGGUUUUUUUUUAGAACUGAGCGACCUUUCUGACAACCCCAAAGUUCUAGAUAAAAUAGCCAAUCAAUUUCUUCAGCUGCAGGCAUACUUGUUUGAAGGGAAAUUGAAAGCAAUUCUGAGUUUAAUGGAAAGCAAGAAUAAAGAAUUGGAAAGCAAGAAUAAAGAAUUGGAAAGCAAGGAUAAAAAAAUUCUGAGUUUAGUGAAAAGCAAGAAUAAAGAUUAUUUUGAAGAACUUUUGAGUUUAACGAAUGAAUUUUAUGAGGGUGCCUUGGAACUUAUUCGCUCGCAGAGGGGCUUUACACAACAAAUUUUGUCAAAAGAUAUGUCAAUCGUCUUUACAGAACCCGUAGAUAAUGCUCUGAUGCGCUUAUCUCAAGAUGAAGAUUUCAUCAAAAUUUUAAAGAAAGCGUGUGAAAAUAAUGGUCUUCGGUACGACGACGUUCAGAAUUGUAUUAGGGGCCUCUACCAUUCUGCGUCAAAGCAAUUCUAUGGACGCGAACCGCAGAUUGUGAUUGAUUCGCGAUCUUGGUCGUCUAAUGAAGUAUUUGUGCUAGGCAUUAUUUUUGACCAUUUCAAAAUUCCAUUUGAUUAUCGUAAUAGAGAUGAGUUAUGA